AUGGGUUUGGUUGGCCUCGAACAUGGUAAUACAUUGUAUACAAUUUCAUCACAGGCUGAAAUCAGGCAUUUUCAAGAGGCCAACAAGGCUGCUCACAGGGCGAGGCAGCUGAUUCUGAAACAGCAGGAGGAGAUUCAACAUAUGCUCCAGACCACCAUCAAAAUUCAGGAGAGACUCAAAUCAGCUGGGGAGAGCAAGUUGGUUCCAACUCGACAGGAGCAGCGGGAUGCAGAACAACCAGGAGUGGAGAAUGUUUCCAAAGUGAGCCCCACUUCCAGUCCCCUACAAACAGAUAUGGAGACGUGGAGUCCCUCCUGUGUUUCAACUUCAGGCAGUGAGACCAGCAGCAUCAUGCAAAAACUGAAGAAGAUGCGCAGUCAUAUGGAUGAAAAGUCUCAUCACUGGGCUUCUCUCGUGUCUGUUUUCCCAACGUACAUCCCAAAUUCCAGCUGUACAUCAGCAACCAGCUGGUCAG